AUGGUCCGAUCUGUUGCUAUAUCUUGGGGCGCCAUCACCAUCCCAUCGCUACUUUCCAGCCGAUUUCCGGCCAACUCCGGCCACCUCUCGCGAUUCCGCCACCACCAUUGUAGUCCUCUUGGGCAAGGCUACAAACCCCACCAAAAAUAUUUCCCAAAGCUCGCCGAAAAAUUUCGCCGGAACUUCAAGCCAUUGCCGGAUUCCUCGGGUUUUCGCGUCGUUAUUUUUUCGUGCAGGAAGUCCAUGUCUACUUCUAGGAAGCGUCCGGAUGCUAGCCGAGGCAAAGCCCCGGCAAGAGAUCAAAGCGAUGCUCCUGAUGUCCCAAGGUUUCGGGAUGCCAAGGCAGCCGAAAACUACACAAAGAGCUUGCCUAGAAAAUUUGCAUCUACCAAAUUCAUGUGCAAGCCCACGCUUAUAUCACUUGGGGUUCUCGAAGGGUUCACCAAAUUGUUCCGUAACAUUGGGUGGGAAAACCUUCUCAACCUCCUGACGCACAUUUACGAGCUCCCCACUAGAGAGUUUCUUGCCGACAGCGGGUACGACAGCGAAAAAAAGAAAACCGCAUUCCAGCUUCUAGGGGACCGAAGGUACAUCGAUUUUGCAGUGAUAAAUGACAUCUUAGGCUUGCCUUCUUCAAAUACAUCCACGAUUUUCGACGUCCUACUUGCUGAGUUCAAUCACAAGACAUUUUGGACGGAAAUCACCGGGGGUAUCUUCUCAUGUGCUGGUCGGGAUAAAGCAACAUCCAUCAUCCACCCAUGCCUCCGCAUUGCCCAUCGCAUCUAG